AUGACCCUGCCAUUCUCGGGGGCGCGCAACGACCAGUUCCUACCCAAGGGCCUGAUUCAGGACCUGCUCCACAGAAUCUUCCUCCCCAGGGCCCUCCCCAGCUUCCCCAGGGAGCUGGCCCAACUCCUCCCGGUUACCCUCCGCAACACCAAUUCCAGCAAGGUUUCUACCCUCCCUACGGCCAGCGAUUUGGACCACCUCCUCCAUUCCCUCCCGGUCCCGGUUUCCCGCCGUCCUGGUCAAUUCCAACCGCCGAUGCCCAUUGGCCCUGGCCAGCAGCCUGGACCUCAGCAGCCCGGUCCCCAGCAGCCUGGUCCUCAGCAAUCUGGUCCUCAGCAGCCUGGAUCUCAGCGCCCCGGACCUUCCGGUGCCGCACCUGCACCUAAACCUACCUCAGAACUCCCGGUCGGGGACAAGGUUCCCAACAAAUCUACGAGCCGUAACGCAACCCCGGCCGCUCAGAACGCCCCCACUCCUCCAAUCGAGUCUAAGCCUACUGUGGCUGAAGCUUUGCAAGGUCCUGUCAGUACCGCUCCUCUAACUGCCCAGAAGAAUGGCCGAGUCAUGCCAGCUAUCCCAAUCGCUGCCCCGAAGCCUAAUCCUCCGACCGCCCACAUUCCGACCGCCCCUCGGGGAAAUAACCAGUCUAUCACUGAUGCUACCGCGGCCGCCACUGCUGCGGUUGCUGCCGCUAUGGCCAAGUUGCCGCAGCCCGGUGCUCAAAAGCAACCCGGACAGCCUGAAGGUGCCGUGGAUGCACUUACGCAGCAGAUGAACCACAUGCGCCCUUACGACAACACCCGUGCCCCCGGGGCGGCCAAGAAAAUCGAAGUCCCCCAAUCGGAUUACGAUUUCCAAACUGCAAAUGCCAAAUUCAACAAGCAGGAUUUGGUGAAGGAGGCCAUUGCCACUGGAGUUCCUGUUGCUGAAGCUGAGGCCCAUGCAGCCGAGGAGGCGGAAUCUAUGGAAUCCAUGUCAAACGGCGGCGGCGCUUCGAACCAUGGUUACAACCGCGGUUCCUCCUUCUUCGACAAUAUCUCGAGCGAGGCUCGCGAUCGUGAAGAGAACACCGCUCGUGUUGGUGGUCGUGAAUGGCGCGGCGAGGAGGAGAAACGCAAUAUGGAAACCUUCGGACAGGGUAGCGUUGAUGGCUACCGCCCUAACUACCGCGGUCGUGGCCGUGGCCGCGGCUAUGGUCGUGGUCGAGGUGGUUACAGUCGUGGCUACGGCGGACGUGGCCGUGGCGGCCGGGCCCCCUCUGAGUCCACUGGUGUCCCAUCCCAGGGUUGA